AUCGAUGCUGCCGGGAGUGCCGGGACGAGAGCAGUGAGGUUGGAGAGGGGGCAGGCUGUUAGUAAGCGAAGUGGCCAUCUUGCGAAGUUCAGUCGGAAACGAGCUGCCGAGCAGUGAGGGAAGGUGAAAGGAAAGACUCGAUGUGUUAGCUGAAGGAUUUUUAAUGCGCUUCCGAGCCGGGCUACCGCUACGUGCGAAAGGUUGUGCGAUACCGACAACGGAACAGCGACCAUCCGCGGAGAUUUUCGUAUACGGAAAACGUUAGUUUAUCCGACGAAAGGUCUCAGAGUACGAUCAGGAGACUCAAGGGUACAGAAGUAGCCGAAGUUUCGACGUUAGAGGAGAAAUUGAGAAGAAAUCGAGGAGGAGUCGUGCAGAAAUUUUGAUUCCAGCGGAGAAGAUUCGUCCGUUGACAAAACGUCUCAUCUGUUCGAAAGUGAUAGGCAAGACGAUAGAACUAUUUAUUCGUAUACCUAUAGUUCUGAAGGCAGUGAAGUGAAAGAAAUAGAAAAAAGUGAAGAAAAGGCGCGCAGUGUUUAAGUCUGUGAUAGUAUUUAUUCAAACGAUUCAGCUACGACGCGUAUCAUCUACCGUAGUAGUGUAGCAUCGUUUGUCGCUUCUGUAAGUCGCGAGAACUACAGAAACAGAGAAAUAGUCUUUAUAUAUUUAUUUAUAUCUGUGAUACCGACGCUGAUAUACAUCGAAUUAUCCCGAGGCAGAAACAUCGAGAACGAGCGAGAUAGAGAGCGAAAGCAAAAACGGGAGUACGUCGGUAAAGGGAGAAGAGAAAGGAUCGAAGAAAGCAACGUACAGUGGUUUGGGAAAUUGAAAUAGUGGGAAAGAAGAUUAUAUCAGUAACUUAGUGGAUUUACAUGUUUUUGUAUAUACGACUGACUCUUUUUUAUAAUUAUUGAUAUCGGAUUAAGAGAUAGGAGGUGAAAGAGUUUCAUUGCUGUUCGCUAGACGAAACAGAAAGGAGACUCGAAGAAGAGAAAAAAAGGGCAAAACAGAGUUUUGUUUCAAACGAGAACUACAUUUUCCUCUUUUACCCUUUUAUUUGGGAUAUUAAACCAUCGAAGCUAAGUGGAAUUGUUGCAAAAAUGGUGGAGAAAAUCUUGGAAGAACAAGGAGACGGGAGUCAAGAAGUUACAAGAGAAGAAGCAAGUUGUAGAGAGACUGUGAAUGCCACAGGAGAAUCAAUGAGCGCCGUGCAAGCUCGACAAGAGGAAGCUAGGCGCAAAAGACGCAAGAAGAAACGCUCUGGAUCGUCUUUGAUGUCAGCUUGCUUUCAAGAACUGUACAAAUUAACCGGCGAAGUUCUUGGAGAAGGCGCUUACGCCUCAGUUCAAACUUGUAGGUCGCUGUAUACCGAUCUGGAGUAUGCCGUUAAAAUUAUCGACAAAAUUCCCGGUCACGCACGAGCACGUGUGUUUAAGGAAGUCGAAACGUUCCAUCAUUGCCAAGGCCAUCCAAAUAUCAUCCAAUUGAUCGAAUUUUUCGAAGACGAAGUAAAGUUUUAUCUGGUAUUCGAGAAAAUAAACGGUGGUCAACUGUUGAGUCGGAUACAAGAAAGAGUUCAUUUCAGCGAACGGGAAGCCAGUCAAAUAAUUCAAGAAAUCGCAAGCGCGUUAAAUUUCCUUCACAAGAAAGGUAUCGCCCAUAGGGAUUUGAAACCCGAAAACAUUUUGUGCGUUUAUCCGGAUAAGCUCAUACCGAUCAAAUUAUGCGACUUCGAUCUUGGUUCGGGUAUCAAGUUCAACAAUUCGUUGUCAAGUCCUGUGGCUACACCGCAACUCUUAACGCCAGUCGGCAGCGCCGACUUCAUGGCUCCAGAAGUUGUGGGAGCUUUCACCGGAGAAGCGAAUUAUUACGAUAAGCGUUGCGAUCUCUGGAGCCUUGGCGUGAUCAUGUAUAUACUUCUCUGUGGUUAUCCACCUUUUUAUGGGAAUUGCGGAUCCGAUUGUGGUUGGGAGAGAGGAGAAAAUUGCGAGGCUUGCCAACAACUUUUAUUUAGCAGUAUUCAAGAAGGCAGGUACGAAUUUCCGGACAACGAAUGGAGGUGUAUUUCGGAAGAUGCGAAAGAUUUGAUCAGAGGCUUGCUGGUCAAAGAAGCCCAUCAAAGGCUCAGCGCCGAGAGUAUUCUGAAACAUCCGUGGAUCAAUCCUGGUCCAAGCUCCGUAGAAAAUCCAGAAAAGUCUCUCGUUACUCCUAGUAUUAUCAGAAGGAAUAAUUCUGCCAGAGAGCUGUCAGCGUUUGCCGAAUCGGCGAUGGCUGUGAAUCGCGUGGUACUUCAACAUUUUUCCGUAAAUUUGGAGGACUUGGCGGAGAAGAGGGAACCGAGAUUAUCCACUUCGUCGACGGACGAAGAUAACCAUCCUUACGGGCACAUGUCCGACUCGAACAGCGAAUUAUCCGAACACAGUAAGGUUUGCGCGACUCAUUCCUCGAACGAAUUUGAUGUAAACUCGCGUUUGAAAUCUUGUUCGAUUCGUUCGAGUAGCGAUCUGACCGAUUCGAAAACCAUUGGAAAGAAUCGAUUGAUCGGCAGGGACUUGUCGGUCCCUCGGCUGUUUGGUUUGUCAUCGCCGUGCGAGAGUCGUUUGAUGCAGCGCCGUUUAAAAGCUCGUUCGGAUCUACUCGAACGUCAGACCAACAAAACAGUUAUCGCGUCCGUUAGUGGCUGAAAGGUGACAUUCUUACGAACGAAACGAUAGUCUCCUUUCUUGGUAGCGCGUAUAAUUCGUGUUUACACGUUCGUCGCGUAAAUAUACGGAUACGAAGAAAGCGUGUACAGUAAUGUUAUCUAUCGUUAAUUGACAAAGAGUAACAAUGACAUAAGCGCGACAUUACGAUUGGCUAAGCGAAGGUUGUGUUUCAUUAAAAAUAACAAGAGCUGCAUUACAAUGAUUCGCGCAACGAUUCACGGUUAUUACACACACGAGCAUAUCUAUAUACAGCAACACACGGAGCGACGACAUAAAACGACGUGUGUUCGCUCCGAUACACGAUUAACCACGCGCGACGCCAACAAUACACAACACUUGAUCAGACAAUAAUUUUUCCUGAAUUUCUAUAUUUCCUACAGAAUUCAGAGAAAUAUCGUGUCCGAAUAUAUCUUUAACUUUAUGUUUUUCUCCAUUUUUCUUUUGUGCUCUUGUUUCGUUUCGACGAGUCUGUUCGAAUAUACUCCUCGACUUUGCGCUACAAAUAUUUAAAAUCGAUACAAGCUAUUCGUUCGGUUUAUUUGUUGAAUGUUGUUUUAUACGAUACAUUCGUUAAAUAAUAUGAACGAACAUAAGCAGAGGCAGCACAGAUUCGAUACACAUACAUACAUACGUACAUAUGAAAAAUUGAACGGUCGCGCAUGUUUUAAUUUCGGUUCGGAUUACAUUUAGUACAGAACGUUAAAGGAACGUAAAGAAAUAAACAAAUUUGUAAUAUGUACAUUCCACCGUCGGUAUCUAUUAGAUGAGAAAACAUAUAGCAUAAUAUAAAAAAUAAGUCACAUUAGAUAUACAACGUUUGCGUACUUUCGCUAUUAUAUGAUAUCUAGAAAAGUACAUAGUAUAUGCUCGUUCAUAUCAAUUUAUCGAAACGGAUAUACAGAGACGCAAAAGAAAAGAAUAAAUAAUUUUGAUGAAUAUUUUUACCGAUCGUAUACGCGUAUAUUUGCUUCGUUUCUUUUUAUUAAAUCGAUUUCUUUUUAGUUCGGCCUUAAAUAUUUUUGCAACUAUAGCUAUUAUUCGACAAAAUAUCUCCGAGUUACAUUUGUCUUUUCUUUUCUAACGAUAACUUGUUCGAGAAUUAUGAGAAGCAGCAACAGCAACGCAUCUUCGGACGAAAAAAAACAGCGGUAAGAAGAGUAAACCGCGCAUCUUGGUGCAUGUUACAAAUAGUUUGCUCAGUAGGUUUCUAAGAAUGUAGUAGAGUGUAAGUUCGAAAAUACUGUAAAGCAAAUUCCAAGGAAGGAACAACGCGCAUUUGUAUCGAAGGGAAAAAGGGGACGACAACUACGGCCAUUUUUUUGUAAAUUUCUCUUAAGCACCUUCAUAGAAAGUUAGUACGUAAGGAAGAUUAAAAGAUUAGUUUAACAAAAAGGAAAAAAAAAAGAAAAAAAAAUACAGAAAAAAAAUUGUACCUGCGUCGUAAGUGAUUAAGAGUAUACCGAACGUAAAGAGAGCAGGAAUAUGAGAGAAAGAGAGGGAUGGAGGGGGAGAGAGAGUCAUAUCCGAUAACGCGCGCGUGCGUACGCACGUUAACGGACAAACUUUCUCAAAGAAGAUAGAUUACACGAAUAUCACAUCCAAUUAAUUACUGUUACGUAUUUUUGUAGAGUUUUAUCGACGAAACGCGUCGUUCUAUCGUCUGCCCACCUACUACGCGUUUACUCUGUCGAUUAAGAUCGAUCUCUUUUGUUCCGUCUGAUGAUUUUCAUCGUCGUAAAAUGUGUAAAUAUCUUGCAUUCCCAUUACCUCGCGGUAUACGAUGCAGAGAAGGUCGUGACUCUGCAAAUUUCCAUUGUCGUGUAUCGUCAAGUUUGGCAGAACUUUGGCAGAUCGUCUAAGGAACAUUUUGAUGGAUAAAAUUUUGCGUGUUCUUUCGGAUCGAUAUCGUAAGCAAAUAAUAGAAAAGAACGAAACGACGAAAAAUUGCAAACGGCAUUUUUCUUCAAACGGCAAACAAACAGCUAGUUUCGACUACGAUUUAUUUUACGUAUCAUAGUUGCAUAGAGUCGUGUUGUACGGUGGGAGACUCUUUACUCAGGGCAGUUACGAUGAGCUGCGCGAAUUUGUUACAAAUUACAUACACACUAUCGUGUUUGAAGAAAAGAACGAGAAGAAAGAGCUUAUAAUGUCUGUGUGCUAUCGAAGUCCAUCCAGGGUUGAAAAUUAAUCGUUAAUAAUUCUUUCUUCUUACGAAUUAACCCUGAAAAGCUUUGUCCAGUGACAUUACAAUUACAUUACAUUGCAUAUAAAGAGACUAAUAGUCGACGCAAGUCGCUCGACAGCACAGCAUUAUUAGACUUUCCUCCCGAGGACGGAGGAUCAUAAAACAGAACUCUCUCCUAUAGCAGGUAUCAUUUUGCCAUAUACAUCAUACAUACAUACAUACAUACAUACUUUAUUCGAAUCCCAUGGACAGCAGACGCCACAGAGACUAAUGCGUAUAAGCGAUCGUUAACAAAUGUUUAGUUACGGUUACACCAUCGAAUUCGUCCAUCCAAAUGUUUCAAGUUCCAAGGAAAAUUGGCAAUUCCCUUGAAAAUGAGAACAUUUGUUAGCGGAAGUAGCGUUAGCGAUUUCUCGUAGUGAGAAAAAUUAUGUAAGAAUACGCAUGCAUCAUUGUUGCAUGUGCUUACGACGUAGAGACGAAAAAAAGCAUUACACAUUAAUUAGAUCCGUGAUUUUUUAAUCACGAAAGCCAUUAAGAAACACGAAUAUACCGCGAGUUCUUGGCCUUUUCUUCUUUUUUUCUUAUUUUUUUUUUUGUUUCCUAAAUUUUUUCGCAAAUUGGAAACGACGACUGGAAGAAUACGUUACCAUUUGCGCCGGGAUCGUAUCUUUCAAGUUACACGUUUGUCAGCAUUAUUGUCACGUGUUAUCAAUGGGACGCCUUUCCCUAGCAUCUACGCAUCUUUCUUUUUCGGUUUUCUAGCGAUGCAUUUUUGUUACUCGUUUCGUUUGUUCGAUUACAAUAACGUAUGGCGUAACCAAUCACAGCCUUGGUAAUACAAUAUUUUCAUGAAAACUGAAUGCAUUCUCGACCGAUAUCCAUUUUUCACACGGUAUGUUCUUCUUACAAGGUAUUUCGUUCGAUUAGCGUUCCCUCAAAUUGCCAUCAUCUCGAUAAAAUCUCGAUAAAAUCUCGUUAAAAUCUCGAUAUCGAUCGAGCGUGCGUCGUAACAAAUGUGUAUCAUCAGUAUGUUAGCGAUAUAUAAGGAUAAUUUCUCGAAGAAACGUUGAAAUGCAAGAAGAGAGUACGUAGAGUAAAGGACGAGCAGCGACAAGUCUUACGUAAGGAAAGCAAACGAAUCACACUAAGGAUCCAUGGCCAUAAUAAUAUAGAUCUAUAAAUUGUAAUAGCGCGAAUGAAUUUGCGUCUGAGUGCGAAAGUGUACAUGCUGGAGAGCAUGUGUAUUUUGUGUAUUUUGUAUGCGUGUACGAAUGUAUGUAUAUAUUUGUAUGUGCGUUAACGCGUAUGCGUAUGUAUCAUUGCAAGCUCGAAUGAUAAAACAAUAUUUAGCCUAUAAGCGAUAAUGGUAAACACCUUUGUAUAGGUUUGUAAAAUUAACGAUUAAGGUAAGAUUACCGCGCUACUCUACCGAUGAGUCUUUCUUCGAUCAUCGUGAAAAAAACUCGCGCGUCUUAUAAUUGUUUCGUAUUUGUGUUAGAACGAUGUAUACGCAAACGCAUCUGUAGCGUAGUUUCGUUUACUCGUUCAUCGAACAGCGUGAUAUAUAGCGAUUUAAAGCGUAUACUAUUCCAAUAAAGAAAAAACUAAGAUAUCGCAUGUAUAUUCCCCAUUGUCGAAGUUGAACGAUUCCCGCUUAAAAUUUAAACGACGCGUAACUUUCUAAUAGAUCGCAUAAUCGGUACGUUGACGAUCUUCGAUCGAUCGAAAAUUAUAAGAACCGGUGAAAGAGUAUUGCGAACAUAUCCCAAUGGUAUGCUAACACAGUUUACGCAUGAGGUGCGCAACGUUACUAGUUUCUUCCUGAUAAUACACAGCAGAUCUCUAUCUUCUUUCGCAUUACCGCCCUUGCAUCUUCGAACUACGGUUCCUAAUCUUAAACGAAAGAAACGAAAGAAACGAAAGAGAAAAGAAGCGUGUUGCAUGCUGUCGUAUGUCCUGGAAGAAGCAGCAUUUUUGUUACGUUCUUUUUUAUAUUAUACGAAAGAGCAGUAUAGAAAGAGGAGAGGGGGAGGGGGAGGGGGAGA